GUGGGUGCGUCAUAGGUACCGCAGUCAGGCCGACUCACCGAGUGUUACAGAAUCGACAAUUUAGCCGAUCCUUGAACGUUGCUGCUCACCUCUGCUGCUGCUGUAGUCUGCGGCUGACGGUAGCGACGGUGGUGGUAGUCGACUGAGUUGUUGGUGUGAGCUUGGGAUGAGGCAGGUGCGAGGUCAUCUUCAAUGGAAGGCACGCGAGAGUGACGCGCCUUAACAGGCUUCUGCAAAACUCACAACCACCCAAGAAACAGCGACAUGUCAUGCAGCGCCAGUCGCCGUAAUGAAUUGGACCGGCGGCACUCUCCAAUGCACCAAACACGCUAACAAAGGCGUGAUACAGAAACAGAAAGCUCACUUUGCGCGUGCACGCACGCAGCAGCAGCAAAGUCCAGGUAUACCAGCAGUGCCAUUUCGUCCAGACUAUUUGCAGUAUGGCGAUGACUAUGAGCUUGGGCAGCGCCUUAUUUCGUUCGACACAGGUUCAGUGCGACAUAUGGGCCACUCGACUGAGAAACGCCGAGAGGAAGGUCAACGUUUGCCCACAACACAACAGUCUCGACGUACAUCCGGCUAUAGCAACCUCCAGGGGAGAAGUCUGCGUGCCUUGCCGAGUAGGCGAAACAGCAGAUCUGAAAAUGAAUGGCAGCAGGAGAGGAAGAGGCAGGACGCAAAUACUGAAACGGAGACCCAAUUCCUCGAGGCUAAUAAGAAACGACUGUUGAGGCAACAAGACUGGAUUGGCGUUGCCCCCUCACGACCUGUUGAUAUGCACUUCCUGUCAAUCAAGGAAAAGAGUCGUAUUGGCAAGCGCAGGAAGCUCGAGGGACAUAGCAAAGCAUCAACUCGCCACCACAGUCCGACUACAUUCCUGCGUCGGCCCACCCAAGAUGAGCUCGCAGGUCACGAUGACGCCUUUAUGAGCGGUGCUCUGCCUGUACUCCCCGCUGCUGACAAGAUUCGAAUUCAAAUUGGAUCAGAUGCAUUGACGACUGCCGCAUCAACGCAGCCUAAUGAAUACGCUCGAUCACAGACCAACUCAGACUCCAUGCUUUUUGAUGAAGAGUGGGAGGAUGCAGUGCAAGUACCAGAUUCAGGAACUCCCCGGGAUCUUACUCGCGCAAACUUGCAACUGACUGUCCCUCCACCUGUACAGCCUGACAGAAGCUACUCGCCGGAGCCGGGCCCUUACGCACGCAACUAUCUUACAGAACGCUCGGACAAUUAUGCAGCUGAGCGUGUUCGACAUACUUCAGCUGAGUUGAAUGCACUGAAUCAGUCUACUCACGAAAGCGAAUCUACCGGCCCAAGCUACCGACUCACGCACCAUGUAGGAGGUGCCGAGCGUCCUCUGAAGCUAGUCUUCGGCGAUGAACAUCCUUCAGUAGCCAGUCCUAUAGCGUCUGUCACUUACCAAACUGGCGAGCUGCAGCGUGUUCAUGCAGACCUUGCUGCCGAAGAAAUCGAGACAGGCCAUGCACCCUGCUACAUCGGUGAGCCUCGUCAGCUCGAUGUCAGAAGGUAUCCAAAUCCACAUUCGAUCGACGAUGAUGAGCCAUGGAAGCUGUACUUGGACAUAGGUACAUCGAGCUCUGGCCACGUCCAUGUGGAAGAUGGGACCGGAACGAGCGUCCCGCAGCCUCACGUUCCUGCACGAAAUACACGAGCUGAUCGCACAAGCUGGCCACAGCAUACUGCCCAGAGUCAUCUUACGCACGUCAACUUGUCGAAAUUCUCCGCCUCUUUCCCUGCUGUAAAUCGGCGAAGUGGACGUGUUCCAUACGCACGAAUCUUUCCGCGGACCGAUGCUGUGAAGGAGGUCGACAAUGAUGAGGCUCUCUGGCAAUCCUGGGUACUCGAUAGCGACCCGCAGUCUGCAAACGGGGUAAUCCACACUCACGAUGAAACAAGUGAGGACUCGAUGUCGCACGCAACAAAAGCUUGUGCUUCGACCAGACUGCCGCGUUCCAACGCUGUCACCUCUGUGAGCACGAUACCAUUUUCAUCCACACCGUUCAAGUCGUUAUCAGGACAGGCUUCGCGCAUAAGCGACGACGUACGGUACUUACUACACUCAGGGUCCCGGUCGAUCACCUCAGUGGCUCCAUAUGGCGUGUCGAGUCGUGUCGAGUCGCCAAGCGAGGACGAUGUCCCGGGUGAAAACCAGGGCGAGAAGACACCUGCACACAGCCGCUUCGGCGAGCAGUCGACCCAUGCCUCAUUGCAAAACCAUUUGUCUCAUGGUAGUGCUAUGUCCAGUGACACAGAAACGUCCCGCAACGAUCUGGACCAGUACAGCCGUGCAUGGGACGAUGGUUCGAGGGGCCCGCACGCGAGUGGGGGCGCUGAUUGGCAACGAGGUCGGAGUUCAUCUAUACGGGACAUACCAGACAGCGAUUGAGCGGAUAUCGAAAUUGUCGACGCCGAUAAGUCGAUGUAGGUUUGUUUCAUGGCAGGAGGUCGGUGGGGGAGACGCGUCCCUUGAUUCGAAUUUCGGCAUCUUUUCCGUUCGUUGGGGCAGGUG